AUGGUGCAACGAGACCUGGUGCAUGCCAUCAAAUCAUGGUGGCCACAGGUGGAGAUGAAGGGACGACGACGCCUUAUCACCGAGCCUCACCUCAACGGAGUGCUCUCGAAGGCGGAGAUACCACGGUGCGAGUACCCUUCUCGACUUGCAAGACGGCAGGAGCUGCGCUACGCACGAUACAUGCUCCAGAUCGAUUUUGAGGCGUACUACGAUUCCAUUCCAUUGAUGGAUGAAGGGCUACGCAACAAGUUCGUAUUUCGAGCACGUGAUGGUGCACUCUACCGGCUUCGCACGUUGCCAACCGGGGCACGAUGGAGCGUCGCUGUGGGACAGGCCGUGACGUGGACAAUUGUCGACAUUGACACGAGGCGUACCAUCCUCACAAUGAUUGACAAUAUCCUUAUUGCUGCGCACGCCGGAGAAGAGGUGGAGUUUGUGAGAACGGUGCGACAGAUCGUCGACCGUAUUGAGGUGGCGAACCUCUGCACGUCUCCCAGUCGCGAAGAAGUGCGAUCGUGGUCAGACAGCGUCAUGUUGGAGGAGGCAAGAAAGACGAAUGUUUUUCUUGGGCGAGGAGUUUACUUGGUUGGAAGGGGAACGCAGGGUGCGCAACUCCAUCAAGACGGUGUCGAAACUGAAGCUGGGUCUGGUACAGCAACCGCACAGGAGUUUCACGUGCAGAGAAUUUGCAUCCAACGUGUCACUCAUACUGUAUGCGUUGCACACCACAAGGUUGAACCCCGCUUCAGCGUUUAA